GCCAUUCAUUUUGAACUUUCAUAUGAACAGCAUGGAGAAAAGCAUGGCUGAAUUGCAUGGGAUGCUAAAAACUGCUGAGGAAAGCAUUAAGAAGAGCUCUAGUCAUGUGAUGAUGGUUCAAAAGGAUAGCAAGAAGAGAAAGCGCAAGGGCAAGGCUAAAACUUCGGAUGAGAUCUCGAGUUCUAAGCCUAAACCUGUUGGAAAGCCCAAGGCUAGCCCUGCCGCUUCUGACACUUGCCACCACUGCCAUAAGACUGGUCAUUGGCGGAGGAACUGCAAAUUGUACUUGGAAGAACUCAAAAAGAAGAAGGGAAGUAAGACUUCCUCUUCAGGGACUGAAAAGGACUAGGAAGUGUGCAAGAGGCGAAUUGGAUGCUCGCGUCGGUAAUGGUGCAAAAGUUGCUGCGUUGGCCGUUGGCGUUUACUCCUUAUCGCUACCCUCAGGAUUAGUUUUGGAAUUAAAUAAUUGUUAUUAUAUUCCUGCCUUGGGCAAAAACAUUAUCUCUUCUUCAUGUUUGGAAGAAGAUGGUUAUGAAUUCAUAAUAAAGAACAAGUGUUGUUCG